ACGCUAGAUGGCGACAAACGCCGUAAUGUUGCCCGUGCCCCAAAGAAACAAACACAAACAGAAACAGAAGAAGAAGAACACAGCUAGUACCGUUAGCUCGAAGGAAAGCGAAGUUUAUUUUUUCUUCUGAUUUGGGACAUAUCAACAGGUACGCUGGAAUUUUCUGAUACCCACUCGGACAUGUCCUAUGUCUUCAUCAAUGAUUCGUCGCAGACAAACGUGCCUCUGCUGCAGGCCUGCAUUGAUGGAGACCUGCCUUUCGCCAAGAGGCUCCUCGAGACGGGAUGCGACCCCAACAUCCGUGACAACCGGGGCCGCACCGGCCUGCACCUAGCCGCUGCCCGAGGGAAUGUGGACAUAUGCCGCCUCCUACACAAGUUCGGGGCUGAUCUGUUGGCAACGGAUUAUCAAGGAAACACAGCGCUGCAUCUGUGUGGUCAUGUGGAUACUAUACAGUUCCUGGUUUCCAACGGGCUGAAGAUUGAUAUCUGUAAUCACAAUGGGUCGACCCCUCUGGUGCUGGCGAAGAGACGCGGGGUCAACAAGGAUGCCAUUCGUCUGCUGGAAGGACUGGAGGAGCAGGAAGUGAAAGGCUUCAAUAGAGGAACACACUCCAAACUGGAGACCAUGCAGAUGGCAGAUAGUGAGAGUGCAAUGGAGAGCCACUCCUUACUCAACCCCAACCUGCAGAGCAGUGAGGGCGUUCUGUCCAGCUUCAGGACCACCUGGCAGGAGUUUGUGGAGGAUCUGGGCUUCUGGAGGGUCCUGCUGCUGCUGGUGGUCAUCGCCCUCUUGUCCCUGGGCAUCGCCUACUACGUUAGUGGGGUCCUGCCUUUCUCCACCAGCCAGCUGGAGCUGGUGCACUGAGGGAGGGCAGGGAGGAGGGUGGUAAAGAAGAAGCAUGGGGCAGGGAGGUCGUAAAAUACAACAGAAAUUCUGAUUUUUGUUUAUUUGCAGCCCAGAUCUCGUCUUUUUCUUGGUUGCCUAAACAGGGAAACAUCAUAUUGUGUUAUUAGUAAACAUGUAUUUCUAAAAAGCAGUGAUCCAAAAGAACAAAUCUCACUUUCUCAAUUUGAGUUACUUAAACAUCAACUUGCAAGCUUGAGGUGUAUGGUGUCUUCUUCUGAUUCAGUGACUCAUACUAACAUAUGCUGGUCAGAUAUUGUGUAACAUAUCCCCUUUAAAAUGAGAUCACAGUUGAAGCUGCUUGUGUGAAAAAAAAUACACUCUCCUAACAAAACAGUUUCCCCUCGGGGAUCAAUAAAGAAUUUCUGAUUUUGUUUAAUGCAGUUAUACAAUGACAUUUCCCUGUGUAACACCUUUACAUUUCAUUCAUACUGUAUGUUCUGUUACAAGCUGUAUAUUGCCAACAUUUUGUAUCUUUUAUUUUCUUAUGUGUCUGAUCUCUCAGUUGUGUUAUUUAUCAAAUAUCUUCUGUGUUAAUUUUCCUGUAUGUUCUGUUAAAAUCCUGCACCUUUGCUGUCUUUCCAAAAACCCGCAUUUGUCAUUUAAUCGAAUCUCUUAUUCCGACUGGAAACCGUUUUAUGGUGAUAACUGAAUCAUGUUGUGCAGGAAUGUCGUAUCGUCUGCUUACAUUCAGAUUAGAAAAGCACCUUGACUGUGUGCCUUUUUAGAGAAAGCUUCAUGUUUCACAGCAGCUCAUUAAGACAUUCCUGCCAGAAGCAUGCGGCUUGUUUGCAUUCAAAUCUAUUGUGUUGUUGUAAACAUCAUAUAUAGGCACAAUGCUUAUAAACAGUAGGAUUGUGGCAGCAGAUUAUUACGUGUUGUAUAUUCAUUUUAUCUUAAUGUCCGUGUAAACCAUGUAGAUUUUAUUUGUUGUAGGUUUUCCACCGUUGAUUUUCAGUGUACAACAACACAUUUGAAGUAAACUCUAAUUUAAUGUGGAAAAUAAAUAAAAUCAUGUGUAUGUAUGAUUCUAAUCAACAA